UAGAGAAUCGGGAUUAGGAAUUAUUUCUUGUUUAAAUGAUGAAUUGAUUUUGGAAAUUUUAGAAACUCUUGGAUUAUUAUCAACAAAAUAUCUUUUAUCAAUAGCAUUUACUAAAAAUAUAGAUAAGUGUUCAAAUUUAAGUUUAGAUGAAUUUAAUAAUAAAUAUGCUAAACCCAAUUUACCAGUAAUAAUUACAGAUAUAGUUACAAAAUGGCCAGCAUAUAAUAAAUGGUCAAUGAAAUCAUUAAAAAAAAAAUAUGGAAAUAUUAAAUUUAGAGCUGAAGCAAUUAAUAUUAAAUUAAAAGAAUAUGAAAGAUAUUUAAAGAAUAAUCUAGAUGAAAAUCCAUUAUAUUUAUUUGAUAAAAAAUUUGGUGAAAAAUGUCAAGGAAUUCUUGAUGAUUUUUGGGUACCGGAUUAUUUUGCUGAAGAUUUUUUUAAUGUAUUGGAUAAAAGACCUGAUUAUAGAUGGAUAAUUAUCGGUCCAUCACGAUCAGGUUCUACUUUUCAUAAAGAUCCAAAUUCUACAUCAGCCUGGAAUGCUGUAAUAAAAGGAUCUAAGAAAUGGAUAAUGUUCCCACCUGACAUUUGUCCACCAGGUGUUUUUACUAGUCCCGCCGAGGUUACAGCUCCAUUCUCGUUGAUGGAAUGGUAUUUAAAUUAUUAUAAAGAAGCACAGAAAUUAAAGAUAAAACCAUUAGAAGGAAUUUGUCGUGCUGGUGAAAUAAUUUUUGUACCAAAUGGAUGGUGGCAUAUGGUGAUAAAUCUGGAAGAUUCCAUUGCAAUUACACAAAAUUUUGUAGGUUCACAUAAUUUAUUAAAUGUACUUCAAUUCCUUCGUGAUAAACCAAAUCAAAUUUCUGGAUUUUCAUCUGAAUCAUGGCCAAAUCGAGAAGAAAUUUAUAAUUCAUUUCGUGAAAAAUUUCAACAAAAUUAUCCUGGAAUAUUAAAGGAAUUAGAUGAUAAAUUAGAUAAUAAAUUAGAUAAUAAAUUAAAUGAUAAAUUGGAUGAUAAAUUGGAUAAUAAAUUGGAUAAUAAAUUGGAUAAUAAAUUGAAUAAUAAAUUGGAUGAUAAAUUGGAUAAUACUAAUAAUAAUAAUAAUAACAAACCAUUGAUAUGGGAUAAAGUUAAGAAAUGUGAUGAAAAUGAAACACAGAAUAGUUUUAAAUUUGGAUUUUUUGGUUAA